GUAGAAAUCUGAAGGAUGGAGAGCAGCUCUCAGACCUGGCGCUAAACAUUUUAUGGCCAAUAUGCGUAAAUACUUUGAAGUUGUCAUUUUCACCAGCACUCCUGGAUACUUGUCUCAACCUGUUUUGGAAGCGUUUGAUCCAAACUACUAUGCUCCAUAUCGUCUCUACCGUGAGCACACUACUCUUGAGAAUGGGGAGCGUGUCAAGGAUCUGAGUAUUCUCAACCGAGAUUUAAGCAAAGUGAUCAUUAUUGAUACUCUUGCCAGCAACUAUCGUUUGCAACCCGAAAACGGAAUUACAAUUCAAAAAUGGCACGGCGAAGCAGGAGACAAUGAACUUAAUCGCAUGGAAACAUUUUUGGAAGAGUUUAGCUUCCUUCUUGCUAUUUCACAAGCAGAUGACGUUCGGCCUUUCCUUAAAACCCUUCGAGAUAUGGAUGGUAACAUUCCUAAUGCAUGGGAUAUGUACAAGCAGAAACUGCGCAAACUUACUAGCGAGAAAGACCAAACAAUGCCAUUAGUUUCUGCUGAAGAUUCUUCUCCAAAACCCGCACAGAAUACAAUCAUAUCGUUUGUGGGCAGUUUGAUUGGACUUAAUAAGCCAUUAACCAGCACUGCUGCUGCUGUUCAAACUCAACCAUCAUUUAAUUUGGUGGAUAUGAUUGAACGACUUGCCAAAGAGGAGCGUGUGCUGCUUGUUAAGCAGCUGGAAGAUGAGAAAAAGCAUAUUGCUGAAAUGCAAAAGUUACAGGAGGAAAUGAUCAAGAAACAGACUGAAGAAAACAAGGCCAAUAAGCUCACCAUGUUUGAUGCUAUGAUGGGUGCUGGUCAACCCCAAAUUACUGGUCAGCCCCCACUACAUGAGCCUAAAUAAUGCAGCAUCACUUUUAAUAUCAUUCGAUUUCCAUCUAUG